GCACAUGCCUGUUUCGCCACAGGGCCAACCGCCAAAGUCAUCGAGUUUCCGAGGGAGUGGCAGUGCGAGCGGUCGUGUUGUCAGUCUCUGUGACUCUGUGUAGCACUCGUACUCACUGUGCGAGUCGCGACUGCCAGCGACUUCGCUCCAAUAACCUAGCUACUCCACUCCGCGUUCGCCGUGAUUGUCAAGUCGGGGCCAAGAGAGUUCACUGGCACUCGAAGUCUCUAGCCGAGGUCAUUGCCGCAAGACCGGCCAAUUCUCAGACCAAGCGAUGCAUACAUCAUGGGGCAAAUUAAUUUUUCUACAAGUUUUUAUGAUCUAUGCCAGCCGGUCGGUAGUAACCCAGUCGUACGAUGUCCCAGAUUCGCAGCCAGUAGUAAUUCAACUUACGGAAACCACAAACCAAGGAAGUCAACUUUCAGAAAAAGAUCCGGAGAAUAGGCGAAACAUUAGUAUAGUCGGCAACGACUUCGUCCUAGAUGGACAGCCUCUUCGAAUCAUGUCUGGAUCUCUACAUUAUUUUAGGCUACCUUCUGAAUAUUGGAGGGAUCGGUUGAGGAAACUGAGAGCAGCUGGCUUAAAUGCUGUGUCUACAUACGUAGAAUGGAGCAGUCACGAACCAGAAGAGGGAUGGUACCAAUUUGAAGGAGAUAAUGACAUAGCCAGUUUUAUAAAAAUUGCUGCUGAGGAAGACUUAUACGUCCUUCUUAGACCAGGACCGUAUAUAUGUGCAGAAAGGGAUUUGGGAGGUUUACCGUAUUGGCUUCUAAGUAAAUAUCCAAAUAUAAAAUUGCGAACAACAGACAAAAAUUUUGUUGAGGAAACAGAAAAAUGGAUGGCAAAGCUUUUUGAACAAGUGACUCCUUUGUUGUAUGGAAACGGAGGCCCUAUUAUUUUAGUCCAGGUUGAAAACGAAUAUGGUAGUUACGGUGCAUCCAAGCCAUACAUGGAAGUAAUGCGAGACAUAAUAAAACGACACGUCCAGACGAAUGCUUUGUUGUACACUACCGAUGGAGCAAGCAGGUCCUACUUCUACGAUGGAUCAGUUCCCGGAACACUUACUACUAUUGACUUCGGCCCUUCUAACAAUGUUACACGUAUGUUUAAAGAUCUACGUGCAUUUAUGCCAGUUGGGCCAUUAAUGAAUUCAGAGUACUAUCCAGGAUGGCUGACUCAUUGGAGUGAAAACAUACAACAAGUAUCAACAGAGAAUGUUGUGUUUACACUGCGCGAUAUGAUGAAUAACAAUAUUAAUUUCAAUUUCUACAUGUUUUUCGGAGGCACUAAUUUUGAAUUUACUGCUGGUGCAAAUUAUGGAUCUUUUUACCAACCAGACAUUACAUCUUACGAUUACGAUGCUCCAUUAUCUGAAGCGGGUGAUCCAACACCAAAAUAUAACGCUAUUCGCGAAACAUUAGCUAAAUAUGAUUUAGUUCCAUCAAGUAUACCAGCCCCAACACCAUCUAAGAAAGGUGCAUAUGGUGAAAUCACAGUCAGUCCAAAAAUAAGUCUUCUAUCUGAGAAAGGGCGUUCGGCUUUAGGAAUCAAGUACAAAGAUGUGACUGGGCCUAAACUACCGACGUUUGAGGCGUUAAAACAACGAGGAGGACUUGUAUUGUAUGAAACUACACUCAAUGAUACAGAUGGUGUUUUGGAAAUAAAACAACCUCGUGAUUGGAUCUUCGUCUUUGUUGACAAUAAACUGCAAGGUAUGAUUAAUAGGAUGCAGAAAUGGUAUACACUAAGUAUAAAGUGCAAACCAGGAUCUAUUUUGUCGUUAUUAGUUGAAAACCAAGGACGUAUUAAUUUUGGAAAGAGACUACACGAUUUCAAAGGCAUCUUAAGCCAUGUUACUUUACAUAACAAAUCUUUGGAAGGGACGUGGUCUAUUACUGGAUAUCCAUUAGACAUAAAACGAAAUGAUUUUUCAACACUUGGAAAUGAUUUAUCUGUUCAUGAAAUUGACAGCAACAUUCCCACAUUGCAUGAGGCACAACUGGUACUGCCUGAUGGAGAAGAACCUUUAGAUACAUUUAUUGAUCCAACAGGCUGGGGAAAGGGCUAUAUUUUCGUAAAUGGAUAUAACCUUGGAAGAUACUGGCCAUCUGUGGGACCGCAAGUGACACUUUACGUGCCAGGUGUUUGGCUGAAAGCUGCUCCUGCUGAAAACACGAUUAAAAAAAUGGAUGAUAACGAGGACUUAACAUGCGAAGUCGGAGGACCCUGUAGCCUAGUGCUAGCAGAUGGCACCGUCUUUCAAGGCAGAAGUUUCGGAGCACCGGUUCCAGUGGAAGGCGAAGUUGUAUUUCAAACUGGCAUGGUAGGUUAUCCAGAAUCUUUGACCGAUCCCUCGUAUCACACACAACUUCUGGUCCUGACGUAUCCUUUGAUUGGUAACUACGGAGUGCCUGAUGAUAAAGACAUCGACGAACAUGGUUUGCCGAGGUGGUUUGAAUCAAACAGGAUUUGGGCAGCUGGGUUAAUAGUAGGUGAAAUGAGCACCCACGCUAGUCACUGGCGAGCGCGUCGCUCUUUGGGAAAAUGGUUGGCAUGCCAUAAUAUCCCUGGUCUCUGCGACAUCGAUACCCGCGCUCUUACCUACAGACUUCGUGAAGGCGUCACUUUGGGCAGAAUAAUUCAAGGCAGUCCUCCAUUCGAAAUACUACCACCAAUACAGGACCCCAACCUAAGGAAUUUAGUAGCUGAAGUGUCAAUCAAAGAAACAAAAACAUUUCAUCCCGAAGGUGAAAUUACGAUAAUGGCUAUAGAUUGUGGCUUGAAGUACAACCAAAUAAGAUGUUUAAUUAAACGAAAUGCCAAAAUUAUAUUAGUGCCAUGGAACCAUAAGUUCGAUCCAAACAGUUAUGACGGCUUGUUCAUUAGCAAUGGCCCCGGUGAUCCAGAAGUUUGUAAGACAGUUGUGGAGAAUUUAAGAGAAGUAAUAGAAAAUAAUACUGUCAUCAAACCGGUAUUUGGUAUUUGCCUCGGUCAUCAACUACUCGCAACAGCUGCUGGAUGCAAAACAUAUAAAACGCGAUACGGAAAUCGGGGCCAUAAUUUACCCUGUACACAUAAUGGUACAGGAAGGUGUUUCAUGACAUCACAAAAUCACGGAUUCGCCGUAGAUACUAAUUCACUGCCUAAGGACUGGGAAAUUUUGUUUACUAAUGAAAAUGAUAAAACAAAUGAAGGGAUAAUUCACAAGUCACUUCCUUAUUUUAGUGUACAGUUUCAUCCUGAACAUACAGCGGGCCCUACAGACCUUGAAUGUCUUUUUGAUAUAUUCAUUGAAUCUGUAAAGUCAUAUAAAAUUAACAAACAACUUAUUGUUAGCAAUGCCAUUUGUGAGAAAUUAAGGUACGAACCCAUUGUACAUGAAAAACCCAAAAAAGUGUUGAUCCUUGGUUCAGGUGGUCUGUCUAUUGGACAAGCGGGAGAAUUUGACUACUCUGGUUCUCAAGGAGUAAAAGCAAUGCAAGAAGAAAAAAUCCAAACUGUUCUUAUAAAUCCUAAUAUUGCAACUGUGCAAACGUCAAAAGGAUUGGCUGAUAAAGUAUAUUUUCUACCUAUCACUCCUGAAUAUGUAGAACAAGUAAUUAAAGCCGAGCGACCUACGGGAAUAUUGCUUACUUUUGGAGGGCAAACAGCAUUAAAUUGUGGUGUGGAAUUAGAAAAGUCUAAAGUUUUUGAGAAAUAUAAUGUUGCUGUUUUAGGCACUCCAGUGCAGUCUAUUGUAGACACUGAGGAUAGAAAAAUAUUCGCAGAAAAAAUUAAUGCUAUUGGUGAAAAAGUGGCACCAAGUGCAGCAGUUUCUUCAAUUGAAGAGGCUUUAACUGCUGCAAAACAAAUAGGCUAUCCAGUAAUGGCACGUUCGGCUUUUUCUCUUGGUGGCUUAGGAUCAGGAUUUGCUAACAAUGAAGAAGAAUUAAAAGCUCUUGCACAUCAGGCUCUAUCGUACUCUGAACAACUUAUUAUAGACAAGUCAUUAAAAGGUUGGAAGGAAGUCGAGUAUGAGGUUGUAAGAGAUGCCUACGAUAACUGUAUAACUGUUUGUAACAUGGAAAAUGUGGAUCCGUUAGGUAUCCAUACGGGAGAGUCAAUUGUGAUUGCACCAAGCCAGACAUUAUCCAACAGAGAGUAUUACUUGUUACGAAAUACUGCAAUAAAGGUUAUCAGACAUUUUGGAAUUGUAGGUGAAUGUAAUAUACAAUAUGCUCUGAAUCCAAACUCAGAGGAGUUCUAUAUUAUAGAAGUAAACGCAAGAUUAUCCCGAAGUUCUGCGUUAGCCAGUAAAGCUACUGGAUAUCCGCUGGCAUAUGUAGCGGCAAAAUUAGCUCUUGGAAUACCUUUACCAACAAUAAAAAAUUCUGUCACAGGAGUAACUACUGCUUGUUUUGAGCCUAGCUUGGACUACUGUGUUAUCAAAAUACCUAGAUGGGAUUUAGCGAAAUUUAAUCGAGUUAGUACAAAAAUUGGAAGUUCUAUGAAAAGUGUAGGAGAAGUAAUGGCUAUUGGUAGAAAUUUUGAAGAAGCGUUCCAAAAAGCUCUAAGGAUGGUUGAUGAAAACGUCAAUGGUUUUGAUCCAUAUAUAAAAGAAGUUAACGAAAAUGAAUUAAAGGAACCUACAGAUAAACGAAUGUUUGUCUUAGCAGCUGCACUUAAAAAUAAUUACACAGUUGAAAAACUAUACGAACUUACGAAAAUAGAUCGUUGGUUUCUAGAAAAACUUAAAAAUAUUGUAGAUUAUUAUAAAAUACUUGAAGAUAUUCCUUCAGGAUCUAUUCCAUAUGGUGUAUUAAAAUGUGCAAAGCAAAUUGGAUUCUCAGACAAACAAAUUGCUGCCACUAUUAAAAGUACAGAAUUAGUAGUACGAAAAUGGCGAGAAGAAUGUAAUAUUACUCCAUUUGUUAAACAGAUUGAUACCGUAGCAGCAGAAUGGCCUGCUUCAACUAACUAUCUUUAUCUUACUUAUAACGCCAGUACUCAUGAUAUAGAUUUUCCAGGUGAUUUUACUAUAGUUCUUGGAUCUGGUGUAUAUAGAAUUGGCAGUUCUGUAGAGUUUGAUUGGUGUGCUGUAGGAUGUCUUCGAGAAUUGAAAAAUCAAGAAAAAAAAACAGUAAUGGUAAAUUACAAUCCUGAAACUGUAAGUACAGAUUACGAUAUGAGCGACAGAUUAUAUUUUGAGGAAAUUUCUUUUGAAGUUGUUAUGGAUAUUUAUAAAUUAGAACGACCUGACGGUGUCAUAUUGUGUAUGGGCGGCCAAUUACCUAACAAUAUUGCAAUGGAUUUACAUAGGCAGCAGGCUGUCAUUCUUGGAACUUCUCCCGACAUGAUAGACAACGCGGAAAAUAGAUUUAAAUUUUCACGAAUGUUGGAUCGUAAAGGAAUUUUGCAACCAAGGUGGAAAGAACUCACAGACCUUGAGUCUGCUAUUGAGUUUUGUGAAGAAGUUGGAUACCCAUGCCUGGUGCGACCGUCAUAUGUAUUAAGUGGAGCAGCCAUGAAUGUGGCAUAUUCAAACCAAGAGUUAGAAACUUAUUUAAAAUCAGCAAGUCAAGUAAAUAAAGAACACCCUGUUGUAAUUUCGAAAUAUAUACUAGAUGCUAAAGAGAUAGAUGUCGAUGUCGUUGCAUCAGAUGGCGUUAUUCUCUGUAUGGCUGUUUCGGAGCAUGUAGAAAAUGCGGGAGUUCAUUCUGGAGAUGCAACAUUAGUUACGCCGCCACAAGAUAUUAAUAUUCAGACUUUGGAAAAAAUAAAAGAAAUUGCUAGAGUAAUAGCAGAGACGCUUGACGUUACCGGACCUUUUAAUAUGCAACUUAUUGCAAAAGACAAUGAACUGAAAGUAAUAGAAUGUAAUGUAAGAGUUUCGCGAUCAUUUCCAUUUGUUAGUAAAACAUUAGAUCAUGAUUUCGUUGCUAUGGCAACUAAGGUCAUUUUAGGUAUUCCUGUUGAGCCUCUCAACGUAAUGAACGGAUGCGGGAAAGUUGGAGUUAAAGUGCCUCAAUUUUCUUUCUCUCGAUUAUCUGGAGCCGACGUGACACUUGGAGUUGAAAUGGCCUCGACAGGCGAAGUUGCCUGUUUUGGAGAAAAUCGUUAUGAAGCUUACCUAAAGUCAUUGAUGAGUACUGGAUUUAGAAUUCCUAAAAAAGCCAUUUUAUUGUCUGUGGGGACGUUUAAGCACAAAAUGGAAUUAUUACCAAGCGUACGUACAUUACAUAAAAUGGGAUAUAAACUAUAUGCUAGUAUGGGCACAGGAGAUUUUUAUACUGAACACGGAGUUGAGGUGGAGGGAGUACAAUGGACAUUUGAUCACAUUGGAGAUCUUGACGACGCACGUGCUGAUGGAGAACUUAUGCAUUUAGCGGAUUUCAUAGCAAAGCGGGAACUCGAUCUCGUAAUCAAUUUGCCAAUGAGGGGUGGGGCUCGCCGAGUUUCUUCCUUUAGUACACAUGGAUACCGAACUCGUCGGCUUGCUGUAGAUUACGCUGUUCCAUUAGUUACUGAUGUCAAGUGUGCCAAGCUUCUAGUAAAGGCCAUGUUACGUUGUGGAGGUGCACCGCCAAUGAAAACACAUACUGAUUGUAUGACUUCCCGUAACAUAAUAAAACUGCCAGGCUUUAUAGAUGUGCAUGUACAUGUUCGAGAACCUGGAGCUACUUACAAAGAAGACUUCGCUUCUUGCACCGCUGCUGCACUUGCUGGAGGUGUAACCAUGAUAUGUGCUAUGCCAAAUACAAAUCCUCCUGUAAUUGAUCGGACUUCGUUUGAUUAUGUUUCAACAUUAGCUCGUGUUAGUGCUCGCUGUGACUAUGCUCUUUUUGUUGGUGCUUCUUCCACUAACUGUGAUAUUGCUGGUGAACUGGCUCCACAAGCCGCAGCAUUGAAGAUGUACCUGAAUGAAACUUACACUACAUUAAAACUUGAUGAUAUGACAGUAUGGCAAAAACAUCUUCAAAACUGGCCUAAGAAAAUACCUAUUUGCGCACAUGCAGAACGUGAGAAAACUGGUGCAAUUAUUCUAAUGGCAUCUUUGCUAGAUAGACCUAUUCAUAUUUGUCAUGUAGCUAGAAAAGAAGAAAUUUUGAUCAUUAAAGCAGCCAAAGAGAAAGGAUUAAAGGUUACAUGUGAAGUGUGUCCACAACAUUUAUUUUUGAGUACAGACGAUAUUGAAAGAAUUGGAAAAGGGAGAGCAGAAGUUCGUCCAGUUCUAUGUAGUCCUGAAGAUCAAGCAGAGUUGUGGAAAAAUAUGGAUGUAAUCGAUAUUUUUGCUACUGAUCACGCACCGCAUUCUGUAGAAGAAAAAAACUCGGAAAAGCCUCCACCAGGUUAUCCAGGCUUGGAAACAAUUUUACCUUUGCUUUUAAAUGCAGUGCACGAAGGACGUCUAACUAUGGAUGACUUGAUCAACAAAUUCCACAAAAACCCACGCAAGAUAUUUAACUUGCCCGAACAAUGGAACACAUACGUUGAAGUAGAUAUGGAUUAUGAAUGGACAAUUCCUCAAGCAUUAGAAUUUUCAAAAUCAAAAUGGACGCCGUUUGCAGGUAUGCGUGUUUGUGGAGCCGUUCAUCGGGUAACAUUACGAGGGGAAAUAGCAUAUGUCGAAGGGCAAGUUUUAAUACCACCUGGAUUUGGUCAAAAUGUGCGCGAUUGGCCAGCACCUAAAAAACUUUCUACGGUAAUUGAAAAAAUUGAAAGAGAAACGAGUCGGCCUAAUUCAUCUCUAGAUGUAAAUAGUUCUCUAGAUCUUAGUAGACUAAGUGAUGUGGAUAUAGAUCAAGCCGACCCUGUGAAGGUUGAAAACAAGCUUAUUGUGCACUUUACCGACGGCGCGGGCUUAAGAAGCAUUUCACCAUUGCCUCCUCAAACUACAACAAGGCAAAGAUGUGACAGUUCUUCAUAUCCUCAAACAUCAUUAUCGCAACGACAGAGGAGUGACUUAUUUGGAAAAAGCAUCUUGACAGUGGAUACUUUUGGAAAAGAAACUCUAAACGAUAUUUUCAACCUUGCUCAAUUUAUGAAAACUAGCGUAAAUAAAGGGCGUGUCUUAGAUGAUAUUUUACGUGGAAAGGUAAUGGCAUCGAUAUUUUAUGAAGUGAGCACACGAACGAGCUGUAGUUUUGCUGCAGCUAUGCAAAGAUUAGGCGGAUCUGUAAUACACACAGAUGCAACCAGUUCUUCGGCUAAAAAAGGGGAAACUCUUGAAGAUAGUGUUACAAUAAUGACGAGCUACGCUGAUGUUGUAGUUCUGCGACAUCCAGAACCGGGUGCUGUUGCCCGUGCAUCACGACACUGUCGUAGGCCUAUUAUAAACGCAGGAGAUGGAGUAGGUGAACAUCCUACGCAGGCUCUGCUAGAUGUGUUCACGAUAAGAGAAGAAAUUGGAACGGUUAAUGGACUAACCAUAACCAUGGUCGGAGAUUUAAAAAAUGGUCGAACAGUUCAUUCAUUAGCUCGACUACUGACAUUAUACCAAGUCCAGUUACAAUAUGUUAGUCCUCCGGGACUCGGUAUGCCUAAACAUAUUAUGGACUAUGUAGCCUACAAAGGCAUCCCUCAAAAAGUAUUUGAACGCUUAGAAGAUGUACUGGGAGAUACGCAUGUUCUGUACAUGACAAGAAUUCAACGUGAAAGAUUCGAUAGUCCAGAAGAAUAUGAAAAGACGCGUGGGUUGUUGGUGGUCACUCCACAAUUAAUGACAAGGGCGCGACGUCGUAUGAUAGUCAUGCAUCCGCUCCCACGUGUAGACGAAAUUUCACCAGAAUUCGAUUCAGAUCCUCGAGCCGCUUACUUUAGACAAGCUGAAUAUGGAAUGUACGUGCGGAUGGCAUUACUGGCAAUGGUGAGCGGAGUUAACCCCCUGAUAUGACAACAACGCUAUCCACGACUCCUCGUAUUAAAAUAAAUAAUGCUAACCUAGUGCUAGUGUCCUAGAAAUUAAUCUGAAGAAGUGAUUUUUUUUAUAUUUCUGUGCACGAGUACACAUAUAUACAUUCUUGUUAAAUAUUAAAGUAUUUUUAUAUUC